AUGAGCGAGCGACAUCGGGCGACGAGGACAGGUCAACCUCGUGACGGCAGGCCAAGCAGUCCGACGUCGGCGGAGCGCAAGCGUCUAUCCAAUGGCACGAGCCCUGAUCAGAAGCUGCGCGGAGCUGUAGAAGACAGUCCUGGCAAGAUCAAGGCUCAAUCGCUGCCUUUGUUGCGUUAUCGUGGUGCUGCAUCAGUCCGGGAUACGCAAGCCACAGGCAGUCGGUACAAAAAUGGCCGGACAUGGUACCAGUCUGUAUGGACCAUGUCCUUGCUCACGUUUCUCGUUACAUCUGUGGGGGUAGCGCUGUUGUACAGUGUCUUGAGUUCCGCCUUCGCGAUGCACUGCGAUACCAAGGGUUGCCGCAUGUCUUACAUGAGACCAGCAUACUACAGAUUUGACGGCUUCGAUACAGAACAUACCCGGUUCGCCAGUAAAUAUUCCUUGUACCUCUACCGGGAGCAAGGGGUUGAUUACGACCACAAGGUUUCGGGCAUACCGGUCCUGUUCAUCCCCGGCAAUGCCGGCAGUUACAAGCAAGUAAGGCCGAUUGCAGCGGAAAGCGCCUCCUAUUAUCACGAGGUCCUGCGGCAUGACCCCGUUCUGGCCCAGACGGGUGUGAAGAAUCUCGACUUCUUCAGCGUCGAUUUCAACGAGGACUUUACAGCAUUCCAUGGCCAGACUAUGCUUGAUCAGGCAGAAUAUCUGAACGAGGCAGUCAGAUACAUUUUGUCCUUGUAUUCCGACCCAAAUGCCUCGCGACGUGACCCGAGGCUUCCAGACCCGACCUCUGUCAUCAUCCUGGGCCAUUCUAUGGGCGGCAUCGUAGCGCGGACCAUGCUUGUCAUGCCAAAUUACCAAGCUGCCUCCAUCAACACCAUCGUGACCAUGUCGACGCCGCAUGCUCGACCGCCGGUCACCUUUGACUCUCAGAUCGUAAAGAUUUACACUGAUAUCAAUGGAUAUUGGAGACAGUCUUUUGCUGCAAACCAAAGUGACAGCAACCCCCUGAGAGACAUUACACUGAUCUCGAUAGCAGGAGGCGGGCUUGAUACAGUCGUGCCUUCAGACUACGCCGGCCUAGAAUCCAUCCUUCCUGAGACGCACGGUUUCACUGUGUUCACGUCUUCGAUACCAAAUGUGUGGACAAGCAUGGACCACCAGGCUAUUAUGUGGUGUGACCAGUUUCGCAAAGUCAUCGCAAAAACUCUUCUUGAGAUUGUUGACAAUCGUGGAUCAUCACAAACCAAGCCCCUCAACGAACGGAUGCUUGUGUUCAAAAAAUGGCUGCUCACGGGCAUGGAGAAAAUUGCGGAAAAGACGGCGCGAUCCACCACACAAACGACGCUCCUUACGCUGAACGAAGAUUUCAGUUCUGCCGUUGUUCGUGACGAACGCAUCGUUCUGCGAGGUCUAGGCACAGCAUCGUCGAUGUUAUCGAGGUUACGGCUGCUCUCUAUUCCCCCAAGCGAUGCGUCUACAUCCAAGAGGUUCACACUCCUUAGCGACACGCGACUGGCUCGACCGGGCCAGCAGAGCGGCCUCGAAGUGCUUCUGUGCAGUCUGCUUCCGAUUGAACCGUCUGAUUCAAAUGAGUCGUUCCAAACAGCCAUCGAUCUUUCCGGGCCGGACCACAGUCUCAGUCGUCUCGCAUGCCAGAAUGUGGCAGCUGACGUAGUUCCGCUUCCAGCAUCAACGAAGCUUACGCAGCACCCCUUUUCUCGUGAUGGGGAGCCUCAGUACACGCCUUUCUCGUACUUGGAGUACAACCUGAGUGACCUUGUGGAUCACGCAUUUGUGGCCAUCUUGGAUAGGAACGAGCAUCCCACCCCAGGGUGGCUGGUGGCUGAGUUCAGCGAUACAUCCUUGUCACAUUCAAUCGAGGACAUUACUCUCAGGCGGCUUGUCACCACUGGGCUUGAAGUACAUCUACCUCCAGGCCGGCCUAUGGUUAUCGAGCUUCAGGUCCCGUCUAUGCAGAGCAGUCUCCUUGCGUAUGAUCUCGAGCUCCAGCGAGAGCCAUGUGCAUCAGAACAUGAGCUGUUCGCCCCACUACUGCGACACUACAUGACGCGCCCAUACGAAUCCAAGUACUUUGUCAACGUCAAGCACGUCGAGGUCAGCCUACACGGAAUAUCGCCAUUCGUGCCACCUCCAGCAGAUGAGAAGGCACUCAACAACGGCCUGAGCUUCCAACUGUGGACCGAUCCUACAUGCAAGUCGAGCGUCACAAUCCGUCUGUCUGUGGACCCUAUGGCUAGUCUUGGCAAGCUCUACAUGCGAUACCGCACGGUGUUUGCAGCCUUCCCAGUGUUGGUGGUUGCGAUGGUGCUGCGCAAGCAGUUCCUUGUCUACAGCAGCACAGGACUGUUCAUUACAUUUUCUGAGAGCAUCGAGAUGUGCUUGAAGCGCUCAUUGCCGCUCCUGAUGCUAUCUCUGACGUGCCUGUCACUCUCUGUCGGUCAUCCACGCACACCUGAUGCACUGCUUCAAUACUUGAAAGGGCACGAUAAGUCCCUGCCCAAUUUUGGCCAGAAUGAUUUACUGACUGGCACUGCGGAUCCGUUCUUCUGGUUCUUGAUACCGAUGAUCGGGCUUGUGUGCAUCGGCGUCUGCGUGGCUGUCCACUACCUGGUCCUGGUCCUGGUCUAUGUUUUCAGCAGCAUCUACGGCUACUUUGUCUCCCGUCCUGUCUGGUCUCCCAGAGACGAUUCUGCACGCGAGAAGCCGUUGCCUUCAUUUACGUCAUCAACACGUCAACGUCGUCUUAUCACGACAAUUGUCCUGCUCUGCCUUGUCUCGACGACUGUGCCGCAUCAAUUUGCCUUUGUCGUUGCCUGUCUUGUUCAACUCUCGACUGAUGUGCGAGCCUUUUGGCACGCUCGCGACACACCUUCCACGUACAACACCAACUUCAGCAAUUAUGCACACUCCAUCUUUCUUUUAAUGUUCUGGAUACUUCCCAUCAAUAUCCCCACACUGGUCGUCUGGAUUCGCAACCUGGCUGUACACUGGUUCAUGCCUUUCUCCUCACACCACAAUGUUCUGUCCAUUCUACCGUUUAUCCUACUCGUCGAGACGAUGACUACGGGCAGUAUGAUCCCUCGCGUCACGAGUCCUCUCCGCCACGGGACUAACGCGAUGCUGUUUGGGGUGUCCCUUUUCGCCGCGAUAUACGGCGUCUCGUACACCUACGUACUUCACCAUCUGGUCAAUCUAAUUGUUGCCUGGUUCGUCAUCCUGCAUAUUACAGGAGGUCGCAGCUGGGGUCGUCGUCAGUGGCAGCAUGCCCAGCAGGCGGGCGACGUCAAGUCUAUGGCGACAAACGCGGCGCGAGGCACGAGCACAGGCGCGAGAAGCCCUUCAUUACCAGCCACGGACCCUGCAGCGGCGGCUUUCAGCAGCAGCGAAAAGAGCCGGGGCCAGCACCACCACAAGGCACCAUAG